GUGAAAGGUGUGAGCCUCACUGUUUCGAAAGGAUUAAAUGAACACUUUGUGUUAUAAUGUUUAUAGUGAAGAUCGCUAGAUAAUGACUGUCGACAGUGAUUUGGUAUUUCUAAGUGACAAGAAGGAUAAUAAGUGGCAAGUUCAUUGAAACUUUCUUGGAAGACGACAUGGAAGGAAAAACUAGUGACAAAUAUGUGUUCAGAGCAGAAGCAGGAGCAGGAGUGUACAGUAUGGUGCCACGCCUGCUGAAGACUGGCAUCCGGAUGGUGGGGAAAACAUUGGGCUGUGGGCGAAUGGUGUGUUUAACCUUCGUGGUUACCCUCGUGUUCACUGGACACUACAUCGCCGGCCGGUUCGCCUUCAACAACGCCCUCAGAUUCGCCCCUCCUGAUUGGCUGACACGCGACCCCGACAGCUGCCGGCCGAGCACCAACAUCGCCUUCCUCAAGACUCACAAAUGCGCUUCGUCCGCCGUGCAGAACAUCCUCUUCCGCUAUGGAUACGCCCACGGCCUACGCUUCGCCCUCCCUGACUACGGCAACUACUUCGGAGGGGCGGUGACCUUCGACGCCGACAUGGUGCGCCUCACGCCCUGGUACAAACUCGGGGUCAACAUCUUCGCCAUACACACCAAGUGGGACCACGAGCAGGUUAAAAGCGUGAUGCCCAAUGACACUGUAUACUUCUCCAUCGUCAGAGAACCAAGUGAACUGUUCGAAUCGCUCUACACGUACGCUGAGUUCGAGAAGUUUUACAAGAAAUCACUGGAGGAAUUCGUAGAGUCGGAAGAUGUAGAUGGCGACAGAUUCGAAAAUAUCUGUGGUAUAAUCAAAUGGCCUGGGAUUUCGGUCUGCCGGGGGGAAGCGAUAAAGGACCUCGACGCAGUGCAGCGAAUGGUAGUCCCCUGCGACCCAAGGGAGUCAAAACUUGACCUGGCAUUAGGUAUAUCAGCAAGUGACAUCAGGGUAAGGGAUAUGAGUGAAUUGUGCAUAACUUGCCUUCUUAUUAAGUAA